AUGGCGGAAGUUCUUGCCGCGCCAGUUGAAUUCGGGCCGGAUAAGAUGGCACUUAGCGCGGAGAUAUUGAAGGCACUGACCGCCGGCGAUGCGGCCCGCUUGAAGCACCUGUUGAGUGGUGGUGAAGGCCGCCCGCAAACACAAGGCCAAGUCACGAUAAACGUCAACGGCGGCGUCGCCUCGCCGGUCGCAAUGUCGCCGUCGCGGGCAGGAGCAAGCUGCCUCCUCGGCGUGACGAGCAACGGGAACACGGCGCUGCACCUUGUCGCCAGCCGCGGCCACGCCGAGCUCGCCGCGCUGGUAUGCGAGAAGGAGCCCUCGCUAGUCGCCGCGCGCAACCGGAGCCUCGACACGGCGCUGCACUGCGCGGCGAAGGCCGGGCACCGGGAGGUUGUUGCCUGCCUCCUGUCGGCGAUGCGCGCCGGCGGAGAGGAGGCGGCGGUGGCGCUGCGGGCGAGGAACUGCCUCAGUCGCUGCAGAUGGUCAAGGCGAUUGUACGGCCGUCGCUAG